AUGGUGACGCGUGCAGGGCCUGCGGUGGCCAUGGCGGUCAAAUGGAGCCCUGCAGCCCGGGCUGGCACCGCGUUCCUUCUCUUGGUCCUCUGCGGACGCUCACGGGCCCAGAGCUUCUCCUUCCCUUUCCGGCGGCCGGAGGCGUGCAGCCCCAAUCAGUACUUCGACAUCUCUACGCUCUCCUGUGAGCCCUGUGGCGCCAACCAGAGGCGGGAUGCCCUAGGAACUUCAUGUGUAUGUCUACCAGGAUAUCAUAUGAUCUCUAAUUACGGAGGACCAUCCAUUAUUUGUAAAAAGUGUCCAGAAAACAUGAAAGGAGUUACCAAAGAUGGCUGGGACUGUAUUUCUUGCCCUAGUGGCUUAACUGCUGAAGGAAAAUGCCACUGUCCCACUGGUCAUAUAUUAGUGGAAAGAAAUGUCAGUGGGACUUUGUUAUCUCAAGCCACUUGCGAGCUUUGUGAUGAAAAUGAAAACUCAUUCACAAAAGCAGACGCUUUAGGCAGCAGGUGUGUCCGCUGUGAACCAACGUUCGUGAAUACCAGCAGAUCUUGUACAUGUUCAGAGCCUCACGUUUUAGCAGGUGGAUUAUGCUUCAGCAACACAGGCAAUUUUCGACAACGUGUGAUUUCCACGGCACGUUAUGGAGAGCUUGGCAUGUUAUUAAACUCAGAAUGGUUUGCCAAGUAUUUGCAGGCAGCAGCAGCUGCAUGCUGGAUGCAUGCUAACCUGACAUCUUGCCAAGCGCUUGGAAAUAUGUGUGUGAUGAACAUGAACUCUUACGACUCCACCUUUGACGCGUGCCGCCUGUUUCACUACAUCUUUGAAAGCACUGCUGGUUUGAGCAGUAUCCAUUCUAUCCCAUUCUGGAGACAGAACCUUCCUUGGUUGUUUUAUGGAGAUCAGCCAGGAUUGGCACCUCAAGUUCUCAGUACUACCCCUCUUCCUACAAACUUCAGUUUUAAAGGACAAAACCAGCUGAAGUUUGUUGCUGCUUCCUAUGAUAUAAGAGGGAAUUUUAUCAAAUGGCAAACUCUGGAAGGUGGUGUUUUACAGCUUUGUCCAGAUACAGAGAAAAGACUAGAUGCAGCUUAUUCUUUCGGAACAACCUACCAGCAAAACUGUGAAAUCUCUCUUUCUAAAAUCCUGGCUGACUUUCCCAGUCCUAUAUUUUAUGAUGUUUACCUCGAAUAUACUGGCAAUGAUCAACACCAUUAUAUUUGGGCUGUUCCCGUAUUAAACCUAAAUCUUCAACACAAUAAGAUGUUUGUGAACCAAGACAGUAGCUCCAGCAAGUGGCUUCUUACCCGGCGCAUUUUCUUAGUGGAUGCUGUCAGUGGACGAGAAAAUGACCUGGGAAGUCAGCCAAGAGUCAUUCGGAUUGCCACCCAGAUAUCACUGAGCAUACGUCUUGUACCCAACACAAAAAAUGGAAAUAUAUAUACUCCGUUACUUAGCAUUGCCUACAGUGACAUUGAUUUCAAAAAUGCUAACAGCCAGUCUGUAAAGAUUUCCUUCUCAGUCAAAUAUGAGAUGAAUCAAGGAGACGCAUUUGUCCAGACAGAUAUUGCGCUGGGCGUGUUGGGAGGGCUGGCUGUACUGUCAUCUCUUUUGAAGACGGCAGGAUGGAAGAGGCGCAUUGGGAGCCCCAUGAUUGAUUUACAGACAGUUAUGAAAUUCUUGGUGUACUAUGCUGGCGAUCUGGCCAAUGUGUUUUUUAUCGUCACAGUGGGAACCGGUCUCUAUUGGCUUAUUUUCUUCAAAGCACAGAAGUCUGUCUCUGUUUUGCUGCCGAUGCCAGUUCAGGAAGAACGUUUCGUUACUUAUGUGGGGUGUGCCUUCGCUAUGAAGGCUCUACAAUUUUUGCAUAAAUUCAUAUCCCAGAUUACCAUAGAUAUUUUCUUUAUUGAUUGGGAGCGGCCUAAAGGAAAAGUUCUUAAAGCUGUUGAAGGUGAGGGCGGUGUCCGGAGUGCCACUGUUCCUGUGAGCAUAUGGAGGACAUACUUUGUAGCAAAUGAAUGGAAUGAGAUUCAGACUGUGCGAAAAAUUAAUCCUCUCUUUCAAGUGCUUGCCACACUCUUCUUUUUGGAGGUUGUGGGGUUCAAACACUUAGCAUUAAUGGAUCCCUCCUCUAGCCUUUCUAGAAACAUGUCUGACUACAUAGCUCCUUACAGCCGCAUUUUGAGAUAUGCUGUGGCUACUGCUAUCUGGCUGGUGAUUGGAAUGAUACAGGUUUUCUUCUUCGCUGCCUUUUAUGAGCGAUUCAUAGAAGACAAAAUCCGGCAGUUCGUUGAUCUCUGCUCCAUGAGUAAUGUGUCUGUGUUUCUGCUGUCCCAUAGAUGUUUUGGGUAUUACAUUCAUGGGAGGUCAGUCCAUGGACAUGCAGACACCAACAUGGAAGAGAUGAAUAUGAAUCUCAAAAGAGAAACGGAAAAUUUGUGCAGCCAAAGAGGUUUGGUGCCCAACACAGAUGGUCAGACUUUUCAGAUUGCAGUUUCUGAUCAGAUGAGACAACACUAUGACAGGAUUCAUGAAACUCUAACACGGAGAAAUGGGCCUGCCAGACUACUGAGUUCAUCAGCCAGCACCUUUGAACAAAGUAUAAAAGCAUACCACGCAAUGAAUAAGUUUCUUGGCUCCUUCAUUGAUCAUGUUCAUAAGGAAAUGGAUUACUUUAUAAAAGACAAGCUGCUGCUCGAGAGGGUCCUGGGGAUAGAAUUCAUGGAGCCCAUGGAGAAGAGCAUCUUCUACAACGACGAAGGCCAUUCUUUCAGCAGUGUUCUGUAUUAUGGAAAUGAGGCCACGCUCCUUAUCUUUGAUCUGUUGUUCUUCUGUGUUGUGGACUUGGCUUGCCAGAAUUUCGUCUUAGCAUCCUUCCUCACAUACCUGCAACAAGAGAUUUUUCGAUUUAUCCGCAAUACAGUAGGACAAAAGAAUUUGGCAACCAAAACACUAGUGGAUGAAAGAUUUCUCAUCUAAUCUGUGACUGCAAAACUUGUGGUACAGCCGUGAUGUCAAGUUAUAUUUUUUAAAACUUGUGAUACAUAUUAUUCUUUCAUUUUUUUUAUCUACAGAAAAACUUAUUUUUAUAGCUCGUUUUUAAAAUAAGAGAUAUAGUUAAAGAUACUGUUUUCCCAUUGUAUGUUGUAUUUAAUUUACUAAAAAGUACUAUUUCCCCAUUAUGUAUUGUGUUUAAUUUACAUUAACGCU